AUGGCCACCAAGCUCCUCCAGGCAAACGUCAACCACUCCGCGGGGGCCCAGGACCUACUCCUACAAGCCCUCGCGGAGAGGAAUGGCGGUCUUGCGCUCGUGUCGGAGCCCCAUCACAUCCCUGAAAGGGACAGUAGAUGGCUGGAGCUCCGGCGCGAGCACCCGGGCGCCGCAAUCUACUGGCGCUCGGGAGAGGAAUCUCCCCGCCCAAAACUAAUCAGGGCGGAGAGAUAUAUCGUGGCGGCGGAGUGGGGUACAAUAAGAGUGGUCUCCGUGUAUGUCCCUCCACGCUCGAGAGAGUGGUCGAGGGCCCGCUUCGGGGGUUUCUUGGAGCAGGUGGGGCGCGUGCUGGACAAAUGCGCGCCCCACCCAGUGAUAGUCGCCGGGGACUUCAACUCCCACGCCAGGGAGUGGGGUUCCCGGCAGACGGACCCCCGAGGCCAAGACCUCCUCGAGUGGGCGGCGACGAGGGGCCUGUUCCUCAUCAAUACAGGCUCCGUGAGCACCUGUGUGCGUCCGCAGGGCGAGUCCAUCGUGGACCUGACCUUCGGCAAUCGCCCUGCGGUGCGCACAGUCAGGGAUUGGAGGGUGGCGACCGAAACGGACAUCAACUCCGACCAUCUGCUGAUUGAGAUGUCCGUGGUCGCCACCUCAAAGGAGGUGCUCCGUCGUCGCCGAGAGGGGCCGGAUCGAGGCCACCGCACUGGGCACUCCGCCGCCUAG